AUGAGCCGCAGAGCGCAGCGGCAGCCCUCAGAGCAAGCUGAGUCCCAGCCAAGCGACGGGAGCAGAGCAGAGAGGGGAAAGAAAAGUUUUUUUUUCCAAAUGGAUUUCCUCGGUAGAGUCAGACAUUUGCUGCUCUCAUAUGUACUCAUGAACGGGAUAUUGGUUACCUUCCAGGCUAAAGAAGAGGUGCUUUUGGAUAUGAAGGCAGCCGGAGGAGAGCUGGGCUGGCUGACUUGGUCCCCAAACCAGGGAGACAGGUCUGGGUGGGAGGUCACCCAGAAAACACUGAAUGGCUCUCAGUUUUAUACCUACUCCAUAUGCAACGUCGACGAGCGCGAGCAGGACAACUGGCUGCGCACCACCUUCAUCCAGAGGCGUCCCUCCGUCUCUCAGGUCUUUGUGGAGCUUCAGUUCAUUGUGCGCGACUGCAACUCAUUUGACGGAGCCUCGUUGACCUGCAAGGAGACCUUCAACCUCUAUUCGAGCGAUGCGGAUGCAGACGUGGGCACGACCUUCCGUAAAAGCCAGUUCAAGAAGGUUGCCACCGUCGCUCCAGAUGAGAUAACAAAGAAAAAUGAUAUGCGCAUCAACACGGAAACGAAAGUUGUGCAAAGCUUGUCCCAGAAGGGUUUCUACUUGGCCUUCCAAGACAUCGGAGCCUGCAUCGCUCUCCUCUCUGUCAGGGUGUACUACAAGGCUUGCCCAGCCACAACAAAGAGCCUCGCUUCGUUCCCCGAGACGGUAGCUGGAGGUCUCAACCAGCAGCUCAAGAAGGUCACUGGGAAGUGCGUGGACAAUGCUUACAGCGAGGAUUUACCUCGCAUCUACUGCACUGCGGACGGAGAGUGGGUGGUUCCAGUCGGACAGUGCCAGUGUGAUGCUGGAUUCGAAGAGGUUGAAGACACCUGUCAAGAGUGUCAGCCAGGCUUCUUCAAAGCUGAGGCAUCCAGGGACAAGUGUGAACCCUGUCCUGCCAACACCCAGAGCCAAAACCCCAGGUCUUUAUUCUGUGCCUGCAUAGAUGGCUUCUACCGGGCUCUUACAGACCCCCUGACUGGACCGUGCUCAGGCCUCCCUUCUGCCCCUCGAGGUCUGGUGGCCACUCCCAACUCUCUUACCCCAGGAAAACUCCUGCUUUCCUGGCAGCCCCCUGAACACACCGGAGGUCGAAGCGACAUUACCUACAGCGUUGAGUGCCAUCGUUGGGAGGGCUCGUCACACCUGCCCUGUGGAGAGAAAAUUCGCUAUGACCCAGCGAACACGGGCUUGCUUGACACGAAGGUGUCAGUGAGUGAACUGGAUCCUUACUUGAACUACACCUUCACCGUGGAGGUGCACAGCGGCGUGUCUAUGUUUCCUAGUCAGGCAAUGCCGCGCAGUUUCAAGCCGCAGUCCUCUGCCGCGCUGAAUACAUCCCUUCACUACACAGACCCACCCAAAAUUACGUCAAUGCGUCUGGUCGAGCGGGACUCCACCAGUUUGUCGCUCUCCUGGGACGUUUUCCCUCGUCCACGGGUCCAAUCCCAGCCAAUCCGUUAUGAACUCGCCUACCGCAAAAAGGACAAUAAGAUCGACGUAACUACGUAUGUGGUGCUGAAGCUGGAGAAAAACUCUGUGCAGAUCAGCGAUCUCUCCCCAGGCACAGCUUACCUGGUCAAGGUCCAGGCCCUGGGUGAUGACGGCAACCAAGGAGUUUCCAGCUUGGAGGAACAAUUUGAGACGCUGUCUGAAGGUCACCUUAACAAGACUGCAGUUAUCCUUGCUGGGGUGGUUGCAGGAGUAAUCACGCUGGUCAUUCUGGUCGUCAUCCUUUUCCUGCUCAGACGAAACAGAAACACACAUACCAGGCAAGGACCAGAGGACACCUACUUUUCAAGUCCCGAGCAAUUAAAACCACUAAAGACGUAUGUGGAUCCACAUACGUACGAGGACCCCAACGUAGCCGUCCUCAAGUUUGCCACCGAAAUCCACCCGAGCCACAUAAGCAAACAAAAAGUCAUCGGAGCUGGCGAGUUUGGUGAAGUUUACAGAGGCACCCUGAAAGCGCCUGGGAAGAAAGAGGUGGCGGUGGCGAUAAAGACGCUGAAGCCCGGCUACACGGAGAAGCAGAGGCAGGAUUUUCUGAGCGAAGCCUCCAUCAUGGGACAGUUUUCCCACCAGAACAUCAUCCGUCUGGAGGGAGUGGUGACCAAAUUUAAACAUGCGAUGAUCGUGACCGAAUUCAUGGAGAACGGAGCGCUGGAUAGAUACCUGAGAGACCAUGACGGGGAGUUCUCGUCUCACCAGUUGGUGGGAAUGCUGCGUGGCAUCGCCGCAGGCAUGAAGUAUCUUUCUGAAAUGAGCUACGUUCACCGUGACCUGGCUGCCCGCAACAUCCUGGUCAACACAGCCCUGGAAUGUAAAGUUUCGGACUUUGGCCUUUCCCGGGUGCUUGAGGACGAUCCUGAGGGGACGUACACCACCAGCGGAGGUAAGAUCCCCAUCCGCUGGACGGCCCCGGAGGCGAUAGCCUACAGGAAGUUCACCUCGGCAAGCGAUGUGUGGAGUUUCGGCAUUGUCAUGUGGGAGGUCAUGGCGUUUGGGGAACGGCCUUACUGGGACAUGAGUAACCACGAGGUGAUGAAGGCCAUCAAUGAGGCUUUCAGGCUGCCAGCACCCAUGGACUGUCCGUCGGCCGUCUACCAGCUGAUGCUUCAGUGCUGGCUUCAGGAUCGCGCCAAGAGGCCGCGUUUCGGAGACAUCGUCAGUCUGCUGGACAAGCUCCUGCGCAGCCCAGAGUCACUAAAGACCAUCGCAGACUUUGAUCCACGGGUUUCCAUCCGCCUGCCCAGCACCAGCGGCUCGGACGGCUCCCCCUUCAGGUCGGUGUCCGAGUGGCUCGAGUCCAUCAAGAUGAGCCAGUACAGCGAGAACUUCACCCGUGCCGGGGUCGUCACCAUGGACCAGGUGCUGCAGAUGAAGAAUGAGGAUAUUAAGAACAUCGGCGUGCGACUGCCUGGCCAUUUGAAGAGGAUAGCUUACAGCAUCCUGGGCUUGAAGGACCAGACCAGCACCUUGAGCGUGUUUGCUGUGUGAACCUCUGAAUGAAAGGGAUGUGAAAUUGGACACAGGCAACCCUUUGAACUCCCAGGCUGAGCUGGAGCAUUCUGCGGGGACGGCACCGAAACGGCAGAACCAGGAGAGAAAUGUGCCAAGCUUUGGGCCAAAUCAAUCAGACUCAUUUACUGUACCUUCUAGAGUUCCUCAUUUUUUUUGCCCACAGGGAAAUGGAGCACAUUCAACAGAUGUGUAACGUAGAACCUUUUGAUAUUUAAAUAGCUAUUUUUGUACUAUAGUUGCCUUGAGUACGGAGACGAUUCGUUGCUCAUUCACUUUCGUCCGUUUUCCAUCGCCGCUUCAGCUCUUAUGAAAUUGCACCCUGAGUUUGUUACAAAUGAACAUUGAGAACGUUUGUAAGGGCAGCAGAUUCCAGUUAGAGUUCAGAUUACGGUGGCGAUGUCUCUGAGUCUCUCACUGAUUGGCUCUCAGGAGGAUGAAAUGAGCUUGAGCUAGUCCAGAUUUAGGGUAAAAACAAAAAACCAAAAAAAAACAGGUUGUGAAUGUUUCUGCUGGUCCUGUGCAGAAAUGAAGCUAUGAUCUUAUGGGUGGUGUUUAUAUACAAACAAAACAAAACAAAGAAAACAGGAUGAUUAGGUACUUUUUUUUUUUUUUACAAAGCAAGUUUUCUUUUUUUUUAUUUCUCUUUCGCAAUAAACUGUUACAUAAAAACUACAACAAAAACAUUUUAUUAGAAUCAUAUAAUGUAGCACUUGGAGCAAGUCUCAUAUUUGUCAUAUGAUUGUAAACAUAAAUGGGCAUUCACAACCAAAAAACGGACAAACUAUUUGUGUCCUCUGAACCAUUUUGCCUCUUUUUGUCGGGAUUUCGUGCAACAGACCAACACAGUGCUUUGUAGUGGAAGGCAAAUAUAAAAAAAAUUUUAAAAAAGAAAAAGCAUUCCCACAGCAUGACGCUGCCACCUACAUGUUUUACAAGGAAAUGUGUGUUUCGAGUGAUAAUUAUUAUUAUCCUCCAACCUCACAAAGUUUUGUAUCUAAGCCUGAAAUGUUUUUUUUUGUGGUUUUUUUGCUGCCAUAGCGACCCGAUAGUCCCUACUUUUACCUGAUUACUGAGUUUCCUACAUUGUUUGGGGAUAAACUGUAAACAGCAUUUUAUAUGACUAUCUGGAAACAAGUGGUUUUGACUUGCCACACUUCCAUUAAAGCAAGAUUUUAAUGUGUCUGGUAAAAGCUGUCAUGUCGACAGAUUCUCCUCUCUGGGAGUUGGACCUCUGCUGCAAAUGGGUUUCCAUCCCAUUUUGUUUUAUGACCUAAUCUCGCUUUAAACCUGGCUCUAACUUCAUCCCAGACCCGUUUGGAUUGGUCCGAGUCAAGUCAAGUUCAUUUGUAUUCCACAUUUCAGCAACAAAGGCAGCUCAAAGUGCUUUACACCGUAGAAACUUAAGUAGCUGAUUAUGAAACAGGCAAUGAAACGUUACAUUUUGUCAAAUGUUAUCAUCCAAAUCAUGUAGCAAAUAUACAUUAAACAUACUAAGGAAUGUUCCAGUUAUCAUGGAUCAGAGGCAGCUCUAAACAGGUCGGCUUUUAGCUUCGAUGUAAAGGAGCUCUGUGCUGUUUAGGGUGCCGUUGGCUGGAUUUUAUUUCGAGACAUCAGAGUAAAAAUGGGCUCAAAAGGUUUAAAACGUUCCAUUGUUCUUCCAUUUUGCAAUAAUGUGCUACUUAGUGUUGGUCUGUCACGUAAUAUCCCAGUCAAAUACUUGUAAUUUUGUGUUUGUAAUUUGCAAAAAUGUGAAAAAGUCCAAGGGUAUUAAUCGCAAGGCACUGCAUAUGAAAGUCAAGACUUUUUCGGAAUUGAAACAAGCUGGAAUUCUGCAACACUUGUCAAAAAUAAGUGAGAGUCAAGAAAAAUACUCAACAAAAAAACAACAUCACCGCUGAGAGAUUUUAGCUAUAGUCUGUUUUGCAGUUUUACCAUUUUGCAAGCGUCCUUAUGAACAUUCAACCAUAUUUUGAGUGAGUUAUUUACAGAUUUAAAUGAAAUGCUUUAAGAAUGAGCUGCUUGACUCAUUCCAGAUGUUUAAAGAACUUUUUAAAGUGCCUGUUUGUGGAAGAUGAACACCGGUCUGCCUACUUCUCUUUAAAUAAAGCGACUCUUCUGUGUAGCAAGUAGUUUGUAGUUGAAACCCCCAGUGCUCUUAAUCCAUGACUGCAAAUCUUGUGUGUUACUGAUGUACACCUUCUUUUACUUGAAUUUUUACCUUGUCGUUAAAUGCGUGACUCUGUUGUAGCUCGCAAACAAAUUGGAUUUUUGUUGUUGUUUGUUUUUUUAGUUUUUUAAAAGGAUUUAUUUUUUGUUAAUAUCUGGGUUUAUUGGUUGGAGUUGCGUUUUGUAAAUUUUGUACAAUAUCCAGUAUCAAUCAUAUUUUCAGACUGCUUUUUUUUUGUGUGUGUGUGUUUUUGGUCUACGCUCAUGACUUCCCAAAACUUCCUUCCUCUAUGAGCAAACUCCUCCUUCCUUUUUGUCUGCUGUUUUAUGCUGUAUUUAAUAGUGUAUUUAUUUUUGAACUGUUAUUUAUUUAUCCUGAUAAACACUGAGCUGGGUUUGUAAUCGGAGGUUGCUCAUUAAGCCUUAAUUAAAAGAAAGAAAAACACAAAGCCAUUUCCCUCCUCUUUGUUUUUUUAUUUCUGAUCUGUUCAUGCCUGUGAUUGGAUUUUUGCCGAAUAAAUAAAGUCUUAAGCUGAAUUCAUCAAA